AUGGUGCGGUUGGUGAAUGUUGCGAGCUUCUCGUCCAUUCGCGUCGUCGCCAUCCGGUCGAGCGAAGGCUCUGAUACCAAGUUGUCACGGCUGGGGUGGAGAGUGGCGAGAACUCAACGGGAUAGCAAUGGCGACCUUCGUUCCAGUGGAAAUGUGGAGACGUUGGACUGGAGGGAAAGUUUGUUACGCAACGAUUGGUUGACGAGGGAAGGAGUGGCUAGGGAGAAGAAGAGUCACCGCCGGCAAGCUCUGGUGACAGUGCCAGCGGUUGACUCGUCAGAUGAGAAUCAAAUUUUAGUCUUGGUUUGA